GUCUUCUCUCAAACAAUUUCUUCUCUUCUCUAACUCUCUCUCUCGAAUUAUUUCAAACAACACAAACGAAUUUCUACCUUACAUAUACAAAUGAAACCUAUAGAAAUGGAAACCAAAGCACCGAUAGUAGCCAAGAAAGUCUGGGACAUGGUACGUGUGAUGUUCUUCAUGAUGAGAAAAGGUAUAUCCAAGGGCAAACUCAUGAUGGACCUCAACGUCAUGCUAAAGCGCCGCAGCAAGCUCGCCGGAAAAGCCAUUGCAAACCUCAUGUCCCACCACCACCACCACCACGCCGCCUCCCACGACUCCCACCUUCAAUUCUCUGCCCCGAGGGAGUACGAGUUCAGCUGCAGCAACACUCCCAGUGCCUUCUCCUUCCCCGCAAUAGGGAAGCGCCACCGCCACUUUUUCGCCUGUGUCCACGCGCCCCCCACACAGGACGACGACUCCGUCACUAUGAACGCGGUGAAGACGGUGUUGGAGAUGCUGAACAACGACGUCAAGGUCGAGACGACGUCGUCCCCUGCUCUGCCGGGGUUCGGGCGGAGCCCCAUGGUGAGGCAACUGAGGGUGACGGACUCACCGUUCCCUCUGCGAGAUUCCGACCAAGACAACGACCACCAGGUCGAUAAGGCGGCGGAAGAGUUCAUCAAGAGGUUUUACAAGGAGCUCAAGAAGCAGGAUUGAUUAAUUACUUCACCUUGUCUACCUUGUGUUUAUUUUCCUUCUGUUCAUAAUAAAUGUUCCAUUGUUGUUCA